CCUUCAGUUAAUUGCUGUGCAAUAAGAUCUUUUAUGACGGAGUGCUGGCAAAGAAUUAAUUAUAUUAUUUCGGUUUGGGUGAUAUGGGGAGGAAAUCCGGCCAAAUUUCUGAGGACACUCACUGAUGAUGAAAUCGCCUUCAUCUCACAGUCAGCUACCAAUUAUGCCAGCCUGGCGCAAGCUCAUACUUCUGAAAAUGCAAAAGAAUUCGACAAGGUGGAAUUCGAAAAGGUGCUCCGGAAGAAGUUAUCUGGUGUGGAUGAAGCAUAUGGUUCGCUGCUGGGGGCUGUUCGCGAGAGUCAGCCAGAACUUGCUAACAACAAAGCUGCAUAU